AUGCCUCACGCAGAACCGAAAAAGAUGGGCGAAAACGCUGUCAAUGGUGAGAAGGUCUACUCUCACUUUCUCGAUCACCUGACAUCAUACCCAAUCGUGUCCGACUCCAUCACCGUGUUCAAGAGCAACAAGUACGGCGCCAAGUCCAUACAGUACGCCGAUCAAGGCUACGAUCGUAUCGCCAAGCCCGUUCUGCCCUACUUCUCAAAACCCUACGGCUACAUCGCCCCCUAUGUGGCUCGCGCAGACUCCCUCGGCGACCAAGGGUUGACCCAGAUCGACUCGCGCUUCCCCAUCGUCAAGCAGAACACCGAGACGAUCAAGGGAACGCUCUACGACAAUGCCACCUACCCCGUGCGACUCGUUGGCGGUGUGAAGUCCCACGUGUUCGACACCUAUGGAUCGGAGUACAAGAAGUGCGGCGGCGACGGCGUGGUCGCCAGCGGCAAGGCUCUGAUCACGACUAGCCUGGUCCUGUCGCAGGAGUCGCUGGGCUUCAUCAGCUCCUUGCUCCAGGCCAAGAAGGAGCAGGUGAAGGAUGCGGACCCCUCCCCCUCCCCCGACGAACCCUUCCCGGAACCCUCCCAACAACCGCGACGACGCCGCCCAGACGAAAACCCCUCUUCCUCAGAAUCCAACGCCGGUGAUGACGAUGACAAUGAUGACGAUGACUCUACCCACCACCCCAGCAGCACAGACUUAAUGGUCAAGAAGAUGGUGCGCUUCGCGCUAGCAAGCGAGUAUUCGCGUCUACCGAUCCGACGAACGGAGAUCAGCACAAAGGUGCUGGGCGAGCAGGGCGCCCGACAAUUCAAGGCUGUCUUCGAGGCGGCGCAGAAGGCUUUGCGGGAGAAGUUCGGGAUGCAGAUGGUUGAGUUGCCGGGGAGGGAGAAGGUGACGAUUCAUCAGCGACGGGCGGCGCAAAAAGUGGAAAAGCCGUCGUCGACGAAUAAAUCCUGGAUUGUGACAAGUACGUUGCCGGCGGCGUAUCGGAAACCGGGGAUCUUGCCGCCCACCAAGGCGCCCUGGGAAAGUACCUAUACGGGGCUGUACUCGUUUAUUAUUUCCGUUAUUAUGUUGAAUGGGGGUGCGUUGCCGGAGCAGAAGUUGGAUCGGUAUUUGGCGCGCAUGAAUGCCGAGACGUAUACGCCGAUUGAUCGGACGGAUCGGUUUUUGCAGCGGUUGUGUAAGGAGGGGUAUCUGGUACGGAUGCGGGAGAUGGAUGGGGGGGAGGAGGUUAUUGAGUAUAUGGUUGGGCCGAGGGGGAAGGUGGAGGUUGGACCGCAGGGGGUGGCUGGGUUGGUGCGGGAGGUGUAUGGGCGGCAGGCGGUGGUGGAGGACGGGGAUACGACCGUUGCGGAGAGGGAGCAGAUGGAUGGCUUUGAGAUGAGAUUGGCUAGGAGUUUGGGGAUCCAGGGUCCUGAGCGGCGGGAGGAGCAGAAUGCGAAUGAGGAUGCGGAGGAGGGAGAGACGCAAGAGAGGAGACAGUCACAGAGACGGACGAGGCCUGCAGAGUCAGAUGACGAAGACAGUGAUGAAUAA